CGGGGCGGGGCGGAGAGGUGGGCCCCUCGCUCUCUAGCUCGCUGGCCCUGACCCUGCGGGGCUGCACCAUGGUCUGGCUGCUGGCGGCGGUCGCGUGCAGGGGGGCAGCCGGGCUCCGACUCCGCCUGGCGCCUCUCCUAGGCAGCCCCCUCGGGCCCGCUGUCCCCUUGGCCCCGCGCCUUCUGCUCCUGCUCGGGCCUAGCCCCAUGCACACACAGAUAAGCCACCUUGGAACAGGAGGCAGUGGCGGCGGCGGCGGUCCUAGUAGCAGCAGUCCUGGUAGCGGUAGCGGUAGCAGCAGCAGCAGCAGCAGUCUCGUCGAUAGCAGCAGCUCUGGCAGCGGCGACCCCCAGGAACCAAAGAAAACAGAGAAAGCUCCCACGCACUCCAGCAUUGUGAACCAGAGCAAACAAAGCAAACAACAGCAGCUGAAAAAGGUUUUUAAAGAAUAUGGAGCUGUAGCUGUUUCGUUGCAUAUUGGAAUUUCAUUAAUAUCUUUGGGAAUAUUCUACUUGGUUGUUUCAAGUGGUGUGGACGUAUCUUCCUUUCUCCUCAAACUUGGAUUUGCAGAAUCACUCCACAGCUCUAAGAUUGUCGCUGGCACAAGUACAUUUGUGGUGGCCUAUGCUAUUCACAAACUGUUUGCCCCAGUAAGGAUUAGCAUCACGUUAUUUUCUCUACCACUAGUUGUCAGAUACUUUCGGAAGGUGGGAUUUUUUAAAGCUCCAGGGAGCAAGCCUUGAUUCAUAAACAGGACACACAAACUUGCCUCUCAAGUCUUAAGCUGCGUGUGUGUGUGUGUGUGUGUGUGUGUGUGUGUGUGUGUGUGUGUGUGUAAAUCAUUACCGUCUCUGGUUUUAAUAAGCAGCUAUACUUGAAAAACAAAUCUCUGCUUGACACUGACUACUCUAAGAGUUCAGUAGAAAGAAAACACACACACACACACACACAGACUGGAAUUCAGUGACAUAGCUGAAUCAAGUACCCAGGUUGUGAUCCAGAACAAGUAACUUUCUCUGGCUUUUUUUUCCCUAUCAUUAUAUGAGGUGGUUGGACUAGAUGAUUCUGAAGUCCUUUCUGAUUCUUACACUUUGUGAUAGAAUGAAUGUCUGAACCUCCGAUAAUAUCAGCAAAACUUAAAGAAACCAACUGAUACUCAGAUAGAAUCACCAGGUUAUUUAUUCAGUGUUGCUUUUGGAAGAAGAUUGAUGAGUCUGCAAAAGGCUGGGGUGGGGGUGGGGGUCCUGCUGAUCUCUGAGUUCAUAAAGAACAGUGAUUGAAGCUUACUUUUAGAAAUUCUGUCUUCUCUGAUACUUGGCAGACUGCCUGUGGCUAAAUGUGGAAUAUUGUUUCUGCAGAACAGCUGCACUUCUAUGAUUAAUGAAGGCAAAUUUGAGGCUUGACACCAUAUAAUCAGGAUCCAAAUUAGCAGUCACACUUAGUGACACUCAUUAGUUUUGUUUUGGAACAUUUAAAAAAUAGUUCCUGGUAAUGUUUGCACUGACUUCCAAUAGAGCACCUUGGAUUGUAAACAUUUCAGAUUGCUGCCUUAUUUUCAUUAAGUUUUUCUGUGAAUCAAGGCCCAGCUGCUGUUGCAUUUCUUUAUUCAGAUAAACUUGGGAAGUGGUUUUGUGUGUGUGUGUGUGUGUGUGUGUGUGUGUGUUCUGUAGUAGUUGUGGCAAUACAGGACCAUUGAGCUUCAUUUAUAGAAACCAGGAAAUUAAAGGGAUGAUAAACCUAUCUGGUUUUACCUGGAUUUGAAUUUCUCACAGUAUAGAAUCAUGUAUCCCAUGGGGUCUUUCAAUAUUAAUAGGUGAUGAUGAGAAAAAAACUCUUGAAGUAGUAAAUGAGAAUUUGACCUUGGCAUUUGGUUUGAAUGUUGUUCUUGUCAAUGUAUAAGUAAUUCGGGGCAGCUAGAUGGUGCAGUGGUUAAAGCACCGGCCCUGGAUUCAGGAGUACCUGAGUUCAAAUCCAGCUUCAGACACUUGACACUUACUAGCUGUGUGACCCUGGGCAAGUCACUUAACCCCCAUUGCCUGCCAAAAAAAAAAAAGUAUAAGUAAUUCCCCACUCUGCCACUAGGUGGUGGAAUGAGUCAGCAUUUGAACUUCAGAUCCUGCCUCAAACACUCAGCUGUAUCACCCUGAGCAAGUCACUUAAGCUUUUUCAGUCUCGGUUUCCUCAUCUUCAAAACAUAGAUAAUAACAGCAUCUAAAUCCCAGAGUUGUUGUGAAGAUCAAAUAAAAAAAUAUAUACGUUAAAUAUACAGAAUGAAUAAUCAUAAAGUUUUGGCCUCUGAGGAGAAAUUGUACUUUAGAUAUAAAAACUUGCUAGAUGUAUAAUUUUAUAUGCUUUGCAAACUUUAGCUUUUAUUAUUGCUGGAAGAAUCACUAUGCAGAAUUGGAUGAUUUUCCCCCUAGUUUUCCUUGAAAGCAAUCUGUCUUGCACUGAGUAGUCUUCAGUAGGUAUUGAUACUUGGUGUUCUAGAACUCAGGGAAUUGUUCUUGUUCUAAAAGUAGGUCCACUAAAAUGGAUAAUUUGUGAACUAGUAAAGGAUUUGGAGAAUUAGACAUUUUCCUCUCUACUACCUUAUAUAGAAGAAACCUCAGACUCCCCCUUAAAGCCUUGUUUUUACCUGUACAACAAAAGGGGAACGUGUCAGAAUAAUAAGUGAAAUUAUACAUCCUGCCCUUUCAUUCCACUCCCAUUUUACCUGCUGUAGUACUACUUUCAAAGGUUCAGAUGCUUAAAGAACUGGAAUUUAAGAAUACCUUGAAGGACCAAGCUGUAUCAAUUGAUGCAAUGUAUUUUUUUUUCAAUAAAGCAAAGAAAAUAAUAAGAUGAAAAUUUUAUUUCAAAUUAUAAUCAAAUUUUUGUAUCAACUGAUAUACCUGAUUCUAGGGUUAAGGACUGUGAGGCUCUAAUAAGAAAGUUAAAUGAAGUCCUCUGUAUUUGAAAAGUAGAAUAAAUCCCCUUGGGGGCCUCCACUAAAAUAAAGCCCAACUGCUGCAUGCUUUAAAAAACUGUUAUGUGAAUUUUUGUGGCUGAAAAAAUGAUAGUCCACCCACCAGUGAUGACUGCAUUCAGUCUAUCCACAGGUUUGUACUCAAGCUGGUGCAAGUGUUCCACCACUGGCCCAGCCUUCAGGAAGCCAAGGUCAUCUCCACAUCACCUGAGACAUCAGGUGAAGAUCUGAGUAAAUGAAGAAGAAAACUCUUAGUAAUUCCAAUGGUGAUUACAAUAUUAUCUCACCAAGUUAAUUGCCAUAUUUCUAUCUACCUAGCCACCAUUCCACUGAAUUUUAACCCUCCUUUCUAUAGUCAUUGAAUAGAAUGAGUAAUCAAAAGGCUUUGGACUCUAUGGGGAAAUUGUACUUUAGUUAUAAAAAUUAACUUUCUUGUAUAAUUUUAUAUUUUCAUAGUUGGUUUUCAAGGAAGUAAUAAAAUUGGACUUCAGUCUGCUUGUAAGAACAAAUUAAGCCAUUUAAAAAAAAUUUCUCCCAGUCAAUUAUGUCUGGGGAAAGUGGGAUGUAUAAACUAUUUGAAAUAUGUAUAUCUAAUAGAGGAGGCAUUUUUGUAAGGCAUAUUUUGUGUAAUGAGAAUAUUUUUCAUCUUACCAGUAAUUGUUUCUGACUUUAAAAGCAGUGGUGGGAGAGACUAUAUUGUACUAUGAGUACUCAGAAUUACAAUAAAAUGUUUUGUUAGCAACUGUUUGGUUUCUUAUCUGGAGACUUCAUGAGCUAACCUUCAAGAAUGGAUUUAUUUCUUAUGAAAGCUCAUGCACCCUAUACACAAGUGCUAUUAAAGGGCAGGAUGUGGAAUCAGGAGACCUGAGUUGGAAUCAAGGCUCAACUACUUACUACUGUA